GGCUUCUCCACUUUGACUUGCUCAUACACCCUCGCCUGACUUCUCCCGUCCUGCACCUCCUGGGUUCGUCUUGCCAUCCUCAUCCCCGCUAACCCGGUGUCUCCGCUCGUCUUUCCAAGCUGGCGCCAACACUUCUAUCCGUCUUCUCGAAGCGGUCCAAGUCAAGAGCCCAGUCGCCGCAACCGCCAGGCUCGCAGGGCUCACAAAUGGGUCAGCAGCCGUCCAAGAAGUCGAAGAAGAGUGGAAAGGAGCGGGCAACCGAGGGCCACGGCGACAGUGCCUCUCCUGAAUCUGACGACAUCGCGAGCGAAGCCACGCCGCAGAGUUCGCUCUCGCGCGCUACAGGGACGUCCUCGCAGUCCAAUGGGCAUUCAGCAGUCGGUACCAACCAAGGUGGAGACCAACAGUCGCAGACAGAUCGAGCAGCAGGCGGAGGGGAUCUCAAAGCCGCCUCGGAUACGCGCACCCCAGGAUCACCGUAUCCCAAAGGCAUCCCAACGGACCAGCCGCCUUCACCCGCUGCUGCGACAUCUACCUCCCCACAACCCUCACCUAAAUCACCAGCACCCGUUGACAUUCCCUCCAACGCGAAUGCGAGCGCCAACACCAUCCUCGCUAGCUCCGGCCCAUUCAGCCCUGGGUCCACGAACAGCGGUAGUCAAGGCCCAGAGUCGCUCAAGGCGAACGGACAUCUGGCGGCGAACGGGCUGAAGCAGCUCGAUGUUGAUGACAUGAUAUCACGGCUGCUCGAUGUUGGCUAUACGGGCAAGGUGUCGAAGUCGCUGUGUCUCAAGAACAACGAGAUUAGCGCGAUCUGCUUCGCUGCACGCGACGUGCUGCUCGCGCAGCCUACGCUUGUGGAACUCUCACCACCAGUCAAGAUCGUUGGCGACGUGCACGGACAGUAUUCGGACCUCAUCCGACUGUUCGAAAUGUGCGGCUUUCCCCCAGCAUCCAACUACUUGUUCCUGGGCGACUAUGUCGACCGUGGCAAGCAGAGCCUCGAGACCAUCCUCCUGCUACUAUGUUACAAGAUCAAGUAUCCGGAGAACUUCUUCCUACUGCGGGGCAAUCACGAAUGCGCCAACGUCACACGAGUCUACGGCUUCUACGACGAAUGCAAAAGGCGCUGUAAUAUCAAGACGUGGAAGACCUUCAUCGACGUUUUCAACGCGUUGCCAAUAGCCGCCAUCGUCGCGUCCAAGAUAUUCUGUGUACAUGGCGGUCUCUCACCUUCGUUGCAUUCCAUGGACGACAUCAAGCGCAUUCAGCGCCCUACGGACGUGCCGGACUUCGGGCUCUUGAACGAUCUGCUGUGGUCCGACCCUUCCGACACUGCGUUGGACUGGGAAGACAACGAGCGCGGGGUCAGCUACUGCUUCGGCAAGGCGAUCAUCAAUGAGUUCCUGGUCAGACACGAUAUGGACCUCAUUUGUCGCGCGCAUAUGGUGGUUGAGGACGGGUACGAGUUCUGGAAUGACAGGACAUUGGUGACGGUGUUCAGUGCACCGAACUAUUGCGGAGAGUUCGAUAACUAUGGGGCGUGCAUGAGCGUGUCCGAGGACUUGCUGUGCGCUUUCGAACUGCUCAAGCCGCUGGACGGGGCUGCGCUUCGCAAGGAGAUGACGAAGGCGAAGAGGAAAAGCGUCAUGGCCACUGCGACAUAGUGACUAUGGACGAAGUGCCUCCUUCGGGGUGCUCUGUAUGAUGGAGGCAAUGCCUCUCGCGGAUGGACGCAUACGAUACCGGCGCUGUGCUUCGUCAUACAUAUCAUCGUGCUCUGCUGCGUAGUACGACGAUACUGGUCCGACUCACGCCUUUCCUUUCUUAUCUUCUUGUGGAUAGCCUCAUACGCUAAGUGGUCUUUUAAACGGUUUUUUAGUCGCCGCGCCUCCCUCACAUACCUUGCGCCUCUCAUUACAUCUUUACGCACGCUGUUUAACUGUAGUAUAUUGUCUGGCGUCCACCUCGAUCUGGUCAACUGCCUCCCUCUCGCUAUCUAUAUUGGCGCCCAUUGAUAUUGUCGACAGUGUUUGUGCUCUAGUCAUGACAGGCGUAUGCGGCUCUUUACAAACAAUCUGAACUCAAUGCGCACGCGCUUUUAACCCUC